AUGAUUAGCACCUUACAUAGACACAAACACGCCGAGAUCUAUUCCCGACUUAGCCAAGUGAUCAGAAGAGAGCAAGUUAAGGGAGAACAAGCCAUGGCGGAGACUGCGAUCACGGCUGUGCUCUCCAAGUUCGGGGAGCUCGCGGCGAGUGAGGCCAAGUUGCUGGCUCAGGUGGGGGACGACAUGAUGCUGCUGCGCGACCGGCUGGAGUGGCUUCAGGCCUUCAUCCGCGACGCCGACCGGAAGCGCCGGAGUGGCACCGACGGGCUCACCCGCGUCUGGGUGCGCCAAACACGCGAUGUCGCCUUCCAAGUCGAGGACGCGCUCGAUGAGUUCUUCCACGAGGUUGAUCUAGAAAGCCAGGGUUAUCAAGGCUUGAUAAAAUGGUGCAAAUACUUGACGGGCUUCUGGACUCAAAUCAUUGUCCGGCAUGGAUUGUCUAGUCGACUUAAAAGAAUUAAGAGCAGGCUGGAGCAAAUUUCGGAGAACCAAAAGGAAUACAAGAUCGAGCAUACAUCAUUAGCGGCGUUGACAUCUUCCACGACAGCCAUUGCGGCAUGGCGGGAUGAUCGUGCAAGCGCCAUAGGGCUUGACGAACAUGUGAAGACUAUUGAGGGAAUGCUGUUUCGUGAGGAUCAUCCAGAGCCAAUGUUCAUCUCCAUAUUUGGAGAGAGUGGUGUCGGAAAGAGCACACUCAUAUCUGUUCUUGGCGACAAAAUUCAUGAAAACUUUGACCUUAUAUUUGGGUACCCCGUCGUACCAGAUUCGAGCACGGAAGAUCUUCUCCGGGAAAUCUACCGGAGAAUAGCAGAACAUUGCACAGAAGAAGAAAAAGCAAACUGUGGUGAGUCAAGGGAAGCCAUUCAUACCCCUGGCAAGAUCCGUCGCUUACUGGCGAAUAAAAAGUACCUGAUGAUUCUUAGUGGGAUAUCCUCAAAAACCAUGCUCAACUGUGUGAGAGCGAGCCUUCCAGUUGGCAAUACUGGUAGCAGUGUGGUACUCGUAUUGGAUAGUGAGUACGAAGAAGUAGCAUGGCAUGCUAAUAGCAUGAACAAAGACGGUGUCAACAAAAUCCACCUGUUGAGCCGUCUAGAUGAAAAACAGAGCGGACAGUUGUUCCGUUCGAGGGCCUUCAGGAAACAAGAAUACAGUGAGAGUGAACACAUGGGCAUAUACGACAGGAUCAUGUCGCACUGGAGGUCCUUCAGGAAAGAAGAGUCCAACGAAGAGGGAAACACGAGGAUGUAUGACAAGAUCGUUUACGAUAUAACAGGGGGUUACCCUCUGGCUAUAGUGGUUCUCGCUGGACUGCUCCGAUUCAAAGAGAAGCCAGGGCAGUGGGAAGCAGUGCUGCAACAGCUUAGGCCUGGACCAGGAACGGAGGAGAAACAGGACAGCAGAGGCAACCAGAUAACUGAAGAUGUACAGGGGAAGUGUAUCGAGUGGCAGACAGGCCCUGCAACACAAGCUAACACGUCCACAACAACGACGAUUGAGAGGGUCUUCUGGGCAAGCUUUGAAGACCUUCCCAACGACCUCAAGUCAUGCUUCCUCUACUUUGCGGCUUUCCCCAAGAACAUUGUUCAGUACGCCAGUCAGAUGGUGCAGAUGUGGAUGGCGGAGGGUUUCAUCAAGCCACAGAAGGGCAAGACUAUGGAGGAGCUGGGUCAUGACUACCUCAAGGAAAUGGUCUUGAGAUGCCUUGUUCAAAUUGAAGAUACGAAUGCCGCCGGUGGCAUAGAGGGGGUCAGGGUUCAGAGGAACCUCCACGGGUUCCUGCAUUCAGAGGCUCGCGAGGCUGGCUUCGUCGAGGUCCAUGACAUGCAUGAUGCCUUUGUUCCAUCGUCGGUGCGCCGCCUCUCUUUCAUGAGCUUUGGUGGUAGGUAUACCACGCUCACCAACAAAUUCCCUAAGCUGCGUUCCUUCAUAUGUCGGGUCGAGGAGGAAGAUGAGCAGAGCGAUGACAGCCAAGGUGUGGACAUGAAGCAUCGUUGGCAUGACAUGAGGUUUCUGCGCGGGUCCAAGUUCAUGCGCCUCAUCUCCUUAAAGGGACUGAGACUUAACAAGUUGCCUGAUGACAUUGGCUGCAUGGUCCACCUGCGGUACCUGCGUGUUGACAGCAAAGACCUUAAGGAUCUCCCGUCCAGCAUGAAGAGGCUGACCAAUCUGCAGACACUGGACAUAAGGGGCACUCAGGUGGAGGAGAUUCACAUUUCCUUGUGGACGAUGAAGACACUGCGGCAUGUGCUCGCAGACAACCUCAAGCUUCCACCCGUCCAGGUCUUUCCCAUCAGAAAAGAACUGGAUGAGCUGCAGACAGUGCAUGGUGUGAAGCCCCACCAAGGGGAAUGGGACCAGCUCAACUGCCCGCUGCUCAAGAUGACAAAGCUCCGGUCGCUGGAGCUGCAAGGCUUGGAGGAUGCUAAGCACGGGGCCGCACUCAAGGCUGCUCUCGGGAGGAUGCAUCUCCUUGGCCACUUGAAGCUGAAAGGCGACGAGAUCCCUCCGUGUGUCUUCACUGAGCAGGGCCUUCAGUAUCUUCAGACGGUGGAGCUGGAGGGCCCUGUGCAAUGGCCGCCUGCCGAUGCGUUUAAUGAGCUUCGCAUCCCCCGACCAAACCUUGUUCAGCUCAGCCUCACGGAUACGAAUGAUGCGCCGCAAGACAUCCAAGAGGAACUCAGAAAGGCAGGCUUUAACCGCUCCACAUCCAGGCUCAGGACAGUUUAUCGGCUUCCGUACCGAUAA